AUGGUCCAGGUCGACAGGCGGAGGGCACUGAUCGUCUCCACCGCGGGGCACUUCUUCGGAGUUCCCGUCGGGGACGAGACCUAUGCCGCGGCCGUCCCGGUCUUGGAGAAGUUCCUGGACGUCUCCGCGUACAGGACUCUGUGCGCGAGGCCCGGUCGAGACGCGAACGGCGAGCUGACUCUGAUCCUGACCGGCGAUAUGCCUCCUGGAGGGAACACCUUGGUCUUCUUCAAGCUGGCGGCCUCGCGGGUCACCGAGGAAAAUUUCCACGACCUGGUGCAGGUCGCCUCCACCGGGGGAGGCGGGGGUUCCACCCUCGUCGAGGCGAUCCGCCGAGUGUGGGGACCUGUCCUGCAGUCCUCGGGAGUGGAUUCCUCGGUUUUGAAGAAAUUGGAGGACGACAUCUUGGGCCCCAGGGCCCCCACCUCGCUGGCUGAGGAGGAGAUCUUCUGGCAGAAGCGAGGAAGCGAGGCGAGGAGGUCCUCGGAGAAGCGAUCCUUCGGGGAGAUCGCCCACAUCCUGAAGAGCAUGAGGGUCGAGCUGGAGAGCGCGGGGGCUUCCAGGGAAGGGUUGGCCGCGAUGGAGGAGGCCCUCGAAGCCGUGUCGGGGUACGCGGACGACCUCUGGAAGCAGGGCGGUUCGGUGUACUCCGAAGAUCGCACCAGGUCCUUGCUGGACAUCGUCGGGAACGAGGUGGUCCUCGCGGUCCGGAACCUCGUCGACCUCGCCGCCAAUUCGGGAUCGAGAGCCAGAGACGAGGCCUUGACGAUGGGAGCCUCGGUCUGCGAGAAGUGGGUCCAGCUCUCGGAGAAGCUGACGAGCCUCUUCUGGCCCCAUCACUCCCUUCGGCCUUGGAAGAGUGGGACCUUCAGGCCCACCAGGUGUGCCCGACUGGGAGAAAGACUCAGACAAAUGGCGGAAAUUCGGGCCCAGCACCGCCAGCUGGCGAGACUGCUGAGCCCCGCUGAGAGGAACGGACUGGGCAUCGACGAGCUGCUUCAGAGUCUCGACGAGUUUCAAAUCAAAUCGGAGGACGACUGGAGCGAGAUCGACUGGGAGAGGCUGAAGAGGAGGACCGAGGAGGGUCUGGCACCUGCCGAGGAACGCGUCGCGGGGAAGCUGAAGAAGCAGCUCGCGGACGCGAGCACUCCCGCCUCCUUGGCGUCCGAAUUCCGCAGAUACGGAGACCUGAUGAAGAGGGAGGCUCUUCGGCGCGCUCUUCGUGGCGAGAGGGAAGCUCUCCUCGCCGCCUUCGACGACUUGAUAGACUCUUGCCAAGCCGAUCCGGACACCGGAGACCUCCUGGACACUCCUCGAAUACUCCAGGAAGUGCAGUCGGCGAGGGCGGCCGAACUUCGUCUGGAGAACCUUCGCACCCUCGGGAAGGAACUCCUGUCGGACCUUCCGGGAUACGAGAAAGUUGCCAAGAAGAUCGCGACCGGUCUCAGGGACGCGGAGAAGAGGAGGCAACACCUCGUCGACUCCUGGGUGGCGGAGGUCAAGGCAGCGAUCUCGAGGAAGGAACUUACCCUGGGGACCGACGGCGCGGUGGUGGAGCUCACCGGGGCCAAAAUGAUGCGCGUCAACUACGAGCCCAAGCUGAUGAGGUUGGUUCGCGAGGCCAGAGCAUUGUCCAGUCAGGGGGUAGAGCUCCCGAGGGAGGCGAGGGACCUGGUGGAGCAAGCCGGGGCUCUGGCCGGCCGAGCGAGGGCUCUCCAGCAAGUGGCGACCUUCCACAACACGAUAGGAGACCGGAUGAUCCUCUCGCAGAGGCCUCUGAUGCUGGCCGCGGCUCUGGAGCUGGACAGGGCCGUCCGGGACCAGUCCGGGGUGGUCUGGUCGGAUCCCCUGGCCGUCGACGCCUACACGGCUCGCCUGAGAGACCUGGUGAGAAAAUUCGCUCGUCAGAACGCGGAGCUCGCGGCCAAGCACUCGACCGUUCUCGACCUGGUGAAGAACUUGCUGAGCGGCGACGCGGUUAAUCUGGCGAACAGCCAGGCCACCUGGAAGGAGACUCUGAGAAACAUGAGGGCGAUCGUCGACGGCGUCGAGGCCGAGCACGGGAACACGGCGGCCUGGAAGCUGCACUGGGACCGACAGCUGUUGAAGGUGUUGGACGUCGCUUACCGGGCGGCGUUACCAUCGCUGCUGAGGAGACUGCCGGAAGUUAAGGUCGAGCUCACCUUCCGCGAAGGUUCUCUCCAGUGGAGACCGAGCCUCGAAGAGGUCAGGGCAAAGCUGUACUCGGGGAUACGCAGGUUCCUCGCGAUUCCCACAAACUUCAGAGGCGUGGGCGACCCGGCCGAUGGCCACUUCGGGGACCUCGUGCAGAGAAGCGCCUACCUCUUCGGAGAGGUAUACAGGGAGGCGGAAAUUCUUCUCUCGGCGAUGGAGUCCUUCAGGGCCGGGUGGAUGAGCCUGGCCGCCCCUGCGAGGAUCGACGCCGGAGAACGGUUGAAGGGCAGCCCUCCGCAGGAAUGGGAGAGGUCCUUCAAGGAAGCCAAGCAGUGGGCCCAGGAGGUUGGACGUCUUCGAGGAGUCGAGGUGAAAUUGUGGUGCGUCACCGUCGACACGGGGACCACCAGGAACGACCUGGAGUCGGCCUCGCGCAGGUACUGGGAGAGACUCUCCUCGGACUUGAGAGCGGAGGCCUCUUCGAGGUUGGCGGUGGUCGCCGAUUUCCUGUCCUCGGCUGCGAAGGAACUGGAUCGACGUCCUCGCAGCGUCGAGGAGGUGGGCUCCGCCCACGAGGCGCAUCUCCGGAUCCAGCAGCGCUCGGCGGUCGUUGCCGAAGAGCUGGAGGCGGUCUCCGGCCUCGGCAGGGUCCUGGCUGCCUGGACCAGGGAAGGGCUCGAAGGUAUCAGCGGAGCUCGCGCCGCCUGGGAGGGCCUCGAGGAGCGCCUCGAGAGGCACCGCUCGGUGGUGGCCAAAAGGCUGGAGGACGCCAAGACCGACCUCCGCCAUCGCGCAGCGGCCCUCCGGGACGAGCGGGAACGCUUCGAGGCCAGGUGGUCCUCCAAACCCGAAGAGGAAACCCCUGCCGAGUGGGUGACUUCGACGAGGGAGAGGUGGCAGAGUUUAGCCGAGCAGAGGGACCUCCUCGACGCCGACUGUCGGAAGCUCGGCCUCGAGCUCAAAGACUUCCUCGAGGACUACGACGAAGGCCUGGCCGCUCUUCGGGCUCGGCUGGAAGCCGAAGAGUCCGACUGCACCUUCCGGGCGGAAUUUCUUGACGAGCUGAAGAGCCAAGAGGCCGAGGAGUGGACCGUGGCCAGAAGGAGGCUGCCCAGGCUGCACGACUGGCUCGACUCCUGGGAGACCAGGGUUCGAUCGCGAGUCGCGGACCUGAAGCCCGAAUCCGAUGAGGACCGACCGAGGACGGACACCUUCGUCGAGAGGAAAAUAAGAGAAAUCCGCACGACCCUCGAAGCCGUGCAGCUCCUUCGGGGGGACGAGCUCGCCGAGGAGCACUGGCUCGAGUUGAGGCCUCUUCUGGGCCUCGGACAGGAGGGCACCCUGCGAGACCUGACUCUGGGUCAUCUUCUGGGCUGCGCCAAGAAUAUCGAGGAAAAUGCUCAGACCGUCAAGGACGUAACCAAAAGGGCCGCUGCCGAGAGCGGGAUUCGUCAAGCUCUCCUGGAAGUAGAAUCCUGGGAAGGAUCCGCGUCUCUUGGGCUGCAAGAAUUCAAAGACAGCGGAAACGCCACCGUGGUCUUGGUCAAGGAGUACGGAGGACUCCUCGGCCGCGUCGGGGAACUGAGACUCUUCCUGGAGGGAGCCAAGGGAGCUUCGAGCUACGAGAGGUUCUCCGGAAGGGCUGCUCGCUGCGAGACCGCCCUGUCCGAGCUCGAGGAGCGCAUCAAGCUCCUCGGCGUCUUGCAGAGGAAGUGGAUCUAUCUGGAGCCCGUUUACGGUGGAGGCGCCGCCCCGAACGAUUCCGCGAGGUGGCCGAGAGCCGACAAGGAGUUUCGCUAUCUCAUGGGGGAGGUUUCUCGCGAUCCAAGGGUCUCCUCUCUGAGGAGACUCCCGCUGCCGGCCAUGACGAGCCUCAAGGACUCGCUGGAGCGGUGCCAGAGGUGCCUCGACGAAUUCCUGGAGGAAAAGAGGUCCGCGUACCCGAGGCUCUACUUCCUGAGCGACGACGACCUUCUGGAGUUGGUAUCCGGAACCGGGAGGGGCCUGGAGACUCACCUUCCGAAACUGUUCCAAGGAGUGGGCUCGAUCCUGAAAGUGGAGGACCGACUCGAGGCCGUGGUCUCUCCGGAGGGAGAAGUACUGAAGCUGGCCAAGCCCGUGGACCUGACCGAGCCCCUGCCGACCUGGCUCUCCUGCCUGGAAGAGGAGGUGCGGCGCACUCUCCGGCAAACCCUCGAGAAGUGCCUUUCCGAUUCCACGCCCGACCCCUCCUCGUACCCCGCACAGGUUCUUCUUCUCGCGGAGAGGAUCCGUUUCACGGAACGCUGCGAAUUGGCGCUCAAGGAGGGUAAGUCGAGCGCGAAGACCUUGGUGGACUCUCUGCAGUCACAGAGGGCCCGGUACAGGGGCCUCGAGGACGCCGGCGACGAGCUGACGGCCCUGAAGGCCAGGGCGCUCCUUCUGGACACGGUUCACCACCUGAACGUCUCCAGAGAAGUCCUCGAAUGUCUGCGGAACGGCGAGGAACCCUCCUGGACCUGGAGCCGUCAGCUCAGGAGCUACCGAACGAACGCCGGACCGGUGAUAAGGUGCGCCGGGGCGGAGUUCCCCUAUCGCUUCGAGUACCAGGGAGCCGCGGUCGGCCUCGUGAGGACGAAGCUGACGGAGAGGUGUUUCCUGGCUCUGACGCAGGCCAUGAAGCUGGGUCUCGGCGGAAGUCCGACCGGGCCCGCGGGAACCGGCAAGACGGAAACUGUUAAGGCCCUCGGUGCCAUCCUGGGACGGCUCGUCUUGGUCUUCAACUGCGACGAAGGGAUGGACGCCGGCAGCAUGCAUCGAAUUCUCGGGGGUCUCGCCCAGGCCGGAGCCUGGGGAUGCUUCGACGAGUUCAACCGCCUCGAGGAGGGGACCCUCAGCUCGGUCGCGAUGUCGGUGAGGCCCCUUCAAGAGGCGGUGCGAGACGGGGAGAGGCAGGUGGACCUGGGGGGUCGGAAGGUUACUCUAGACCCUCACUGCUGCGUGUUCAUCACGAUGAAUCCCGCCGGAGCCGACUACGGAGGGCGCAACAAGCUCCCGGACUCCCUGGCCAGGCUCUUCAGGCCCAUCGGGAUGGCGCAUCCGGACAGAUCCGACAUCGUUCGAGCCCUCCUCGAGUGCGCCGGAUUCCUCGAGGCCGCCGUUUUGGCCGAAAGGCUCGUCGAGACCUUCGAUAUAUCCGCGAGACUCCUCUCGAAGCAGCCCCACUACGACUGGGGGCUGAGGGCUCUUAGGUCGGUCCUGGACGCCCUUCCCUCGGGCUCUGGGUCCUCCGAUGAAUCCUCUCGGUUACUGGCGGCCAUCCGAGCGUCGACCCUGCCGAAGCUGACCGAGACGGACGCCAGAAAAUUCCGGGCCCUGCUGAAGGACGUCUUUCCCUCGGUAGACCCUUCGGGCUCCUGGACGGACGGAAAGGACCUCCGUGCUGCCUUGGCGGAGGUCUGCGAGUCGCGGAACCUGCCCGACGAGGUCCUGUCGAGGUGCGCGCAGCUCCACGUCCAGCUGCGAGGAAGAGCGGGCGUGGCGAUGGUCGGUCCACCCGGGAGCGGCAAGACCCUCGUCAGAAGGACCCUGGCCGAGGCCCUGGCCAAGAUCGGACAGCCGGUGGUCCAGCUGGUCGCGUAUCCCGGCGCAAUGCCGAAGUCCAGACUCCUGGGGCGGGUCGACCCCCGGACCAGAGAAUGGAAGGAGGGCGUCCUGUCGAGGAUGGUCUCUUCCGCCGGAGACUCCGCUACGUGGAUCGUCCUGGACGGAGACGUGGAGCCUGGAUGGGCGGAGGCCUUGAACUCCGCCCUGGACGACAAUCGGCUACUGACCUUGCCCAACGGAGUCGGCAUCAGGCUCGGUCCCGGGACCAGGUUCGUCUUCGAGACCCACGGACUUUCCGGGGCCAGCCCGGCGACCGUAUCCCGACUCGGGGUGGUUCAUCUUCCGUCGGCGAGUCCUUCGUCUCUGAUAACGUCCUCGAGGUUGGCCGCGCUUCCGUCGGUCUCCAAGGACCUGGCUUCGGCCCACCUGGGAGGAGAAGCCAUCGACUGGGCGCUCAAGGACGACCGGCAGUUCUCCGCAUCGGGGCUGAUAGGAGCCGUCCUCUCUCACCUGGCGAGGGCCGAGACCAAGACCUCGGCGGCUUACGCUCUGCUGGUCUCUCUCUGCGGUCAGGUUGCGGAUCCGAGCGAGAGGGACCAGCUCGCCAGGCGAAUUUAUCGAUCGACCGAUUGCUGGUGUCCCGACCCCGAGAGGCCUUUCGACGCGCUGUACAGCUCGGAGAUCGACCGGCUGGAGCCAUUUUCCGGAAGUGCGGAAUGCGUCGAGACGGCGGAGGGCCCGGUGCUCCUUUCCGGGUCCGUGAGGAGAGCUCUCGCGGCGAUCGCGCCCUGGAUAGACUCCGGGCAUCCCGUCGUGGUGAGAGGACCACCCGGGUGCGGAAAGGAAACGGUGAUAUCCGCCGCCCUCUCGCUGGCCAAGGACCGGGGGGAGGAAUCCUUCGCCCUCGUGAAAGGAUCUUCCCUUUACGGGACCCAGGACUUGUUGGCACGGCUGAAGAGAGUCUGCGUCAAGAUGGACUCCUCGUCCCAUGGAAGAGCCUACAAGCCCAGGGUCGGGGAACGGGUGGGGUUGAUCCUGAAGGACCUGCAUCUCGCCUCGAUGGAUCUGCAGGAGGUCCUGCGGGAACUCCUUCAGGAGGGUGGAUUCCACGAGGAAGACUUGGAAUUCGCUCGACUCCCUUUGGCCUUGAUUUGCACCGCGGACUCCUCGACGAAGCUCCACCCAAGACUGCAGGCCAUCCUGGCAUCUCACUACGUGCCACCUCCGAGCGCCAAGGACCUCGAGGGAAUAGUGGAGCUCCACCUGCGGCGAGCCCUGAAGGACGUCGGCGUUUCGGUGGAUUCUUGGAUCUCCAGGAUGUCCCCCGCCAUCGUCGACGUCUUCCAAACGCUCUCGCCGAGUCCCGACUCGACCUCCUGGACCCCGAAGGACGUCGUCCUUUGGAGCGACUCCAUGAGAUUUUACCCGGACCCGGAAGGCGACGCAGCACUCACGAGGCACCUGUUGGACGCGGGACACCGACUCCUGGACUCCAGAUUCACCGGGAAGGAUCGGUCAAAGUGGGAAUCGAGGAUCGCUUCGAAGUCCCCAGGAGUCAAGUACUCCGGAGACGACGUCUACGUGUCGAAAGGUGGAGGCGCCGGGCUAAUUCCUCUUUCGGCCGAGGAGUGGAAGCUGCAGAUCGAGAACGCGGUCGCGAGAUGCGCGAGGGAAGGCGACCCCGUCGAGGCCUCGAUCUCUCCCCACCUUCUGCAGACCGUUGCCGGUAUCUGUUGGGCCCUGGGCUGUGGGCAAAGAGGAGUCGUCCUGACGGGGCGGGCAGGAGCGGGUCGCAAGUCGGCCGCGAAGCUCGCCGCGACCCUUACCUCCCUCCGGGUCGUCGAAUCUGCCCCUGGCCGAGGAAGAGCUGCGGUGAGGUCUUCCGUGCAAGCUGCAGGAAUCGACGGGGAACCGACACUGCUCCUCCUCGAGGAGCACCACGGGAGCGAGGAAGGACUGGACGUCCUGGCAGGUGCCAUAGUAGCCAAUGGAGAGCUUCCUGGCCUCUUCUCCCCCGAAGAACUCGACGGCCUCGUGGCCCCCUUGGCGGAGCUGUCCAGGAGGGAGGACUUCUCCGGCACCCUCGAACAAUUUUUCCAUCAUCGUUUGCGAAAUCUCCUUCGAGUGGUGAUCAUUCGGGACGCCGAAGACGUCCUGGAGGAACGGUCGAGUCGGUCGGGCCUGGGAAAGUCCUGCAUCUUGGUGGGUCCGGGUCCCGGCAGCGAGUGGUGGUCCUCGGAAGGACCCUUGACGGAGCUGGCUCUGCAAAAGAGCGGUCUUCGAGGAACGGAGGCCGUCAAGAUGGCGGUGAACUCGCAUCUUCGAGCUCCUCGUCGCCAGCGAGCGCCCGCUAGGUUCCUGGCUCUGCUUCGAGUCUGGCUGGAUCUGAGAGACAAGUGGACGGAGGAGAUAGAGAGCGAGCUGGCCAGCCUCGAGGCCGGCAUCGGCAGGCUCAGGGAAGCCGGAGACCGGGUUUCCAAACUCGAGGAGGAGGCCUCGCGGCAGCGCCAGGAGCUGGAGGCCGAGAAGGGGAGGGCCGCCGCAGCCCUGGAGCAGAUCAGCGCCACCAUGAGGGGAGCGACUGGCCAGAGAGGCGAGAUGACGACGUUGAAGGCCGAGACCGAGCGCGAGAGCGCGGAACUGGCGCGUCGGAAGGCGGACAUCGAAGGCGAGCUGGGAAAAGUCGAGCCGCUGGUGGAGCAGGCGGCCCAGGCGGUCGCGGGGAUAGGAGCCGACGCCCUGGCCGAGGUGCGAUCCCUGCGAGCGCCCCCGGCCCCCGUAAGGGACGUCCUCGAGGGAGUUCUCCGACUAAUGGGCAUCAGGGACACCUCUUGGAACAGCAUGAAGACGUUCCUGGCGAAGCGGGGAGUCAAGGACGAGAUCAGGUCCUGGGACGCCAGGAGGAGCUCGGCGGCUAGCCUGGAAGCCGUGGAGAAGCUGGUGAAGGAGCGGCCGGAGAGCUUCGAGGAGAAGACUGCGAGAAGGGCCUCGGUCGCGGCGGCGCCCUUGGCCGCCUGGGUCCUGGCGAACCUGCAGUACGGCCAGAUCCUGCAGCAGGUCGCUCCUCUCGAGAGGGAGCAACGAGCCUUGGCGCGGAAACUCGCGGCCGCGGAAGCCGAGCUGGGCAGGCUGGCGACCGGGCUGACAACCGUGGAGAGCCGCGUGGCGCAGCUCCAGGAGGAGCUGGCAGAGCACUCGAGGGGAGCGGCGACGCUGCAGCUGCGGUUCGAGGCCACCGAGGCCGGCCUCGAGACGGCGAGGACGCUGCUACGGAAACUGGACACCGAGCACCGCGACUGGCAGCUGCAGUCCGAGAGACUGACCGAGAGGAGAGCCAAAGUCGAGGUCGAGGCCGUUAACGCGGCCGCGCUGCUGGUCUACCAGGAUCCGACGAGGGACCAGGAGUGCCGGAGGACCGCGCUCAACUUGCUGGUCACGGAAAGGGAGAGACUCUCCUGGAGAGCUCAAGGUCUCCCCGGAGACGUCGAGAGUCUCGUCGGGGCGGCCUGUGCUCUGAAGGGCCCCCUGGUUCCGCUCUUCGUGGAUCCGGCCGGGGUGGCGGUCGCCUGGUUGAAGGCCGGAAUGGGAUCGAAUCUCGAAGUGACGCGUCCCGAGGGAGCCAACUUCUCGACGAGCCUCGAGCUGGCCGUUCGCUUCGGAAAGCCGCUGCUGAUCGAGGAGAUCCUGCAGCUGCCGGGGGUGUUGCUGCCGUUGCUGCGCCGAAGGCCCCUGAGACUGGGCGAGCGCUCUCUCCCCGCCCGGGAGGGCUUUCGGCUCUUCCUGGCCACCAGACGCGACGAACUCGACGGACUGCCCAGCGAGGCGGACUCCGUGCUCUUCGAGGUCGCCUUCGGGGCCGGGACCGGAAGUCUCGCCGAGCGAUUCGUCGAGAAGGCGUUGCUGAAGGAGACCCCGAGCCUGGAGACGGAGAGAAGAGAGGCUCUGGAGAGGGAGGAGCGGCUGUCCGGAGAGAGGGACGCGGCGAGGGUGGAGUUGCUGGCGCAGCUGGGGGCGGCGAGGGGUCAGGAUCUCCUUCAAGAGGCGCAGGGUUCCCCCGGAGGUCUCUUGUCUUCUCUGGAGGCGACUCAAUCCAAGGCCAAGGAGAUCGCCGUGGCCCUCGAGGCGAGCCGACGCAGCUUGGAGGAGGUCUCCAGGAGGGCCGAGAAGCGCCUGCCCCUCGCCAGGUUCGCCGCGGAGCUCUUCGAGGCCGUGCAGAGGCUCGCCACUCUGAACCCGCUCUACGUCUUCUCCGCGGAGGCCUUCGCGGACGUCUAUCUCGAGGCCGAGGCCUUCGAGGCCUCCCUGGCGGCGGAGGAUAGAUCCGAGGAUAUGCGGAAGACCGUUCAGAGGAAACUCGUCGACCUGACUCUUCGCCACUGCACUAUGGCGGCCUACAGGAGGGACCGACUUCCUCUGGCCCUGCAUCUCGCGCUCUCCCUCGAGCCGGUUCCCGAUGACGAGAGAAGUCUUUUGCUGAACGGAGGGUCCCGAGAUCCCGGGAACCGGGACUUCUCGGUCCCCGAAUGGAUCCCCGAAGAACGGAAGCCGGCCGCCAGGGCGCUCGGCUCGGCUCUUCCUCAGCUGGCCGAGAAGCUGAAGUCCACGUGGUUGGAUCACGUCGACGCCGUUUACGCGGACAAGACGACGACUUCCUUCCAGAAGACCUUGAUCGUCCUGACCCUGCGACCGGACCACCUUCGGACGUCUCUGACGAGGUUCGUCGCGGAGCGGCUCGGAACUCGAGACAUCGGCCCGCCGUCGUGGUCUCUGGGAAAGAUCGCCGAGGACCCCGGCUCGCAUCCGGUGCUGCUGCUGCUGUCCCCCGGAGCCGAUCCAGGACCGGAACUGAGAGGCCUCGCCGCGAGUCGCGGGGUCCCCGUUCCUGGAUUCAGCGAGGUCUCCCUGAGUCGAGGUCAGGUCGCUCAGGCCGAGGCGGCUCUUGAAACGGCGUGCAGGAACGGCGAUUGGCUCCUCCUGAGCAACCUGCAGCUGGCUCCGACCUGGCUGCCCCACCUAGAGGCUCUUCUACGUUCUCCGGUCUACGCCCUGAGGAAGCCCGAGACCAGGGUCUGGCUGACGACGGAACAGUCCUCGGGAUUCUACCCGGGUCUCGCUGGGCUGUGCCUCAAGGUCGCCUACGAACCCCCCGAGGGCGUGAAGAGGAACGCGAAGGGGUCUCUUCGGCAACUCCGACUGCGACAGCGCGGCUCCGAGGAGGCGGCGGGAACCUUGAUGCUCGCCUGGUUGCACGCCGUUCUUCAGGAACGCCGAAGGUUCGUUCCUCAGGGUUGGACCCGGGAGUACGAGUGGAGCGAGGCCGACACCGAGGCGGCCUGCGAGCUGGUGGUAAAGGGGACCACCACGAAGAAAGGCGAGACGGUGGACUGGGAAGCCGGCCAGGGGUUGCUGGACGCCGCCGUUUACGGGGGAAGGAUACAGGACUCUUACGACUCGCGAGCCCUGACGGCGAUCCUGAGGAGCGUCUGGUCCAAGGACGUCUUCUCGGGUCGCGAGAAGCUGGGGGGAGUCGUCAACGUUCCCGAGGCGGUCUCCCAGGAUGCCCUUCGGGUUCUCGAUCGCCUCGGCGAGGACGAUCUUCCGGACGAGUACUUCGGAUUGCCGGCCAACGCUCUAGGAGCUUGGGAAAGGUCGACCGCGGAAUCCGCGCUGGCUCGACUUCGAGGAAUGUCGCUGGCCGAAAGUGGGAUCUCCAAGGAUAAGGCCUCCAAAGACUUCGAGAAAAGGAUGCGCAAGGACCUGCGGGACUUGUUGGAAAGCCGGAUUCCCGAUCCGAGGACGAAAUCGACCGACCUGGUGGAGGAUCACCCCUUGAGGAGUUAUCUCAACGACGAGAGACGUCUGACCUCGAGUCUGCUCGAGCUGGUUCGAGGCGAGGUCGACGACGCGUCCUUUAAGGACCCCAAGACCCCGAAGCAGUGGCUGAAGCACUGGCCGGAGGGCCCCGAAGAGACCUUGCCCUUCGUGGCCGGCUUGGUUUCCAGACAUCGGGCCCUGGCGGCCCUCCGACUCUCCGCCGAAGGCCUCCCCGCGAAAGUCGAUCUUUCCUGGCUCGCCAGACCCCGGGCUUUCCUGGCGGCGUUGAAGCAAUACACGGCUCGGAGCUCCGGAGAGCCUCUAGAGGGCCUCCGACUGCGGGCCAGCUGGCUGGACGGUUCCCAAUCCGCCAACUGGAGGACCUCGGUAGUCAUCGAGGGCCUCCUCGUGUCCGGUGCCUUGAUAGAAAACAGAAGUCUGAAGGACCUGGAGGCCGGCGCGGCUCCGGUCGCCGCGGCCCCGCCUUGCCGGGCGGCGUUUCUCCUCGAGGAAGUGGCGGGGGAGAACUCGGCAACCGGAGGGAAAGCUCCCUCAGAGGUCCUGCAGGUCCCCGUAUACGUGGACUCGAAGAGGACCUCGGUGAUCUGCUCGCUUCCCGUGGGCUGUCCAGGGUCGCGCCGGGACGUCUGGCUGCGCCGGGGCGUCGCCCUCCACCCUCGCUAA